CCGUCCAGGAAAUGAAUGAUGAUUUAUUACCAUUUUGUAAUAUUAGCAUUUUGGGUUGUUAGUGGACAAAGAACUCAAGAGGACAUUAGAGAGGAUGCAUAUUUGACGACAAAAUGUACAUUUUCAGGUGGAAUUAAUUCACAAAUACCGGUAUUACGCAGAGGUUCACAACGUCACCACCAAGGAUGGCUACAUUCUUGAGCUGCACAGAAUAUCCGGCGGAGAACGCUAUCCACCAAAGCCCGGGAAGCGCGUUGUGUUGCUCAUGCACUGCCUUCUGGGCUCCUCAGCGGAUUGGGUGAUUCUGGGUCCAGACAUCGCCCUCGGAUACCUUCUCUCCGACCAGAACUACGACGUCUGGAUGGGAAAUGCACGAGGGAAUCGCUACUCUCGGAGUCACAUAGCGCUGAAUCCCGAGAGUCGGGACUUUUGGCUCUUCUCCUGGCACGAAAUUGGCAUUUACGACUUGCCAGUGACGAUAGAUUAUGUCCUGGAAAUCACUGGACACAGCAGUCUCUUCUACUGUGGCCACUCUCAGGGAUCCACUAGCUUCUGGGUGAUGAUGUCUGAACUUCCAGAGUACAACAGCAAGAUCAUCCUGAUGCAAUCCUUCGCUCCGGUGGCCUUUAUGGCCAAUCCCAGAUCUCCAGUUGUUCAAGCAUUUGCCCAGAAUUUGCCAGCUGUGGAAAUGGCAUUCGCCACGCUGGGGAUCUUUGAAUUCCUACCAUCCUCAGACUGGUUAAGGACAUCCACCCAGCUUAUGUGCAGCGAAACCUCCCCGGUUGCCUACAUGUGUCAAAAUGCCCUCUUUCUCGUUGUAGGCUUUGAUCCGCAGCAAAUGAACUCGACUAUCCUGCCUCAGUACUUGGGCCACAUGCCAGCUGGAUCGUCAGCCAGACAAGGCUUUCACUAUUGCCAACUGGCAAAUUCCAAAGGUUUCAAGCAAUACGAUUUUGGAGCUCUUGAAAACUUCAGGCGUUAUCACCAAAUGAGUCCUCCAGACUAUCGGCUAAGGAGAACUAGAGUCCCAACAGUCCUUCACUACUCAUCCAAUGAUUGGGUGGUUAAUGUGACGGACGUGGAGAGAUUAGCCUCAUUCCUGCCCGGUUUGUACAAAAUGCACUUGAUUGAUUUGGAAGAUUGGAAUCAUUUGGACUAUGUUUUGGCCACAAGUGUUAAGGAGAAACUUUACGACAUGGUGAUAGAGUUGAUAAACAGGUUUUAAUAAGGACAAUUCGAAUUACUGUU